GCUCAACGUUGAAUUCAUCUUCUUCAAACAUAUAUGUCAAGUCUUCGUGUAAUGAUGCUAAUAAUAGUAAUCAAUUGAAUUGUAAGUACGAAGACGGUGAAACAGAAAGUAGAAACAUGGCUGAGAACAUAUUUGCUUCCCACAAUGCAAUUCUUGAUGUAGACAUGCAUUGGGAAAUGAAUUAUCACGAAGCUGCAAUAUAUUUACAGGAAGGUAAAAACAAUGAAAAAUUCGAUUCUCAUCCAAAACAUCCUGAAGAUUUGCCAUCGUACAUUUUAGUUCAUAAUGGUUGGUAUGAUGGAUUGUAUUUAGUGACUUCACUUUUUCUGCUCUCUCUGGCAUUUGUAGAAGAACCUGCUUUGCCGUUAUUUAAAGUACCAGUAUGGGCACAUGGUACAGCAGAAUUAAUUGCCUUAAUCAUUAUAAGUGUGGAAUUGGCUUUAAAGUUGCGAUGGACAGGCUGGGACCCUAUGCUAAAACACAAACGUACAAUGUUGAAAUGUAUUACUUUACUUAUUAUGUUUUUGGAAGCUAUGACAGUUCUGGUACGACAAUCAUCACAUUUUCGCGUGACACGCGCCUUUAGACCUAUGUUUCUAAUAGAUACUAAAUAUCUCGGAGGUGUAAGAAGAUUUAUAAGGCAGAUAUUUCUCACAUUACCGCCUAUUUUAGACAUGCUAGGACUUUUGUUUUACUUGAUCACUACAUAUACAAUAUUAGGCUAUUAUAUGUUCAGUGAAAUGAACAGAAAUUUUUCCACGUUGCAAGAUAGCUUCGUCAGUCUGUUUGUUCUUCUCACUACUGCUAAUUUUCCGGAUGUAAUGAUGCCGUCGUACUCGCAAAAUAAGUGGUAUGCGAUAUAUUUUGUAUCUUAUUUAUGUACCAUGCUAUAUGUGAUGAUGAAUCUGAUGUUAGCAGUGGUUAAUGAGACGUUCACGUCCCGUGAACGCGACAAAUUUAAAAAAUUGUUUUUGCACAAGAGAAAAGCAUGUCAACACGCUUUUAAACUUCUAGUUUCCAAACAAGAGCCAGACAAGAUACGAUUUCGUCAAUUUCAAGGUUUGAUGCGAUAUCAUGCUCCGAACAAAUCUAUACGAGAUAUUGUUCUAAUGUUUUGUCAUAUGAAUACAUCAAAAAAUGGCGCUUUGACUCGUGAAGAAUUCUUGUCGAUUUACGAUGCUACGAAGCUUCAAUGGAAUUUACAAUACACUAACUUACCAUGGUAUCACACCACGUGGUGGCCCUUGCAAAUACUAUGCACUGCCAUUCAUUCUGUUAUUAAAUGGUCAUUCUUUGAAACAUUGGUGUAUGUGAUUAUUGCUGGUAAUUCUAUUGCCAUGAUAAUAAGAAUUAUAGAACCGAGUAAUAAUCUUGAAGAAUCAGUAUAUAAAUUUGCCGCAUCUUGGGAUACUAUUUUGUUUGGAGGAUUUUUUGUUCUGGAAGCAUUGUCAAAAAUAUUAGCUCUUGGAAUUAAACCUUAUCUGAAUUCUGGAUGGAAUCUUUUCGAUUUGGCGACUUCAAUAAUGACUCUUAUUGCCGCGUGUGGUCUUAUUUUAUUUCCGUCGACUACAUUUCUGGUUUUAUUCCGACCUCUCAGAACGCUGAGAUUAUUCAAGUUCAAGAAACGCUACCGAGACGUUUUUGGUACUCUUGUAAUCUUAUUUUCUCAAUUGUGUUCAACAGCAAUGGUCAUGAUAAUUUUAUAUUAUUUCUUCGCCAUUAUUGGAAUGGAGUUGUUUGCUGGAUACGAUAUGCGUAAUUGUUGCAGGAACACCACCGUUGAAGACUUCUACGAAUAUUCUCUUAAUGACAGCACAACUUUGGGAUAUUACUAUCUUAAUACAUUUGACAAUCUCAUAGCAAGCUGUAUAACGCUCUUUGAAUUAACAGUUGUUAAUAACUGGUUUGUACAAAUGAAUGCGUACGCGUUUGUCGCAGGCACGUACACGAGAAUAUAUUUCAUGAUAUUUUAUCUCGUGACUAUGAUUGUAUUAACUAUUGUAGUGUCCAGUUUCUUAGAGGCUUUUCGAUUUAGAAUACAAUAUAAAAAGUCGACUUCAAAACAUGAUGAACAAAAAAUGCUUCACGAGAAAGUAGAAUUAAAAUGGGAUGAAUUACAAUACAUUAUAGAGGAUUCUCAAACUCUCGAAAAUCUACGUAAUUUCUUAGUUAUCGGAGGAAGUACACUGUUUAUUGGUUCACGGCCGCGAACACGAGAGGUGUUACAAACAAAAAUGUAUAUGAACGAGAUAAAUGAAUGGAUAUCAGAAGCAAACUUGGAAGAAAAACGCAUAUCAAAUAUAACUCAUAAUAUAGAAGAUGGUAAUAGCGAAAGUACUUUAGAUACUGAUCAUCUUGUAAUGACUGAUAAUUUAGAUUAUCAAUAGUAUAUUUACUCGAUAAAAUGACUUAGUAACAUGAUUUUAAUCAUAUUCUGAAAAUUAAUUUCUUAAUUAAUUGCUUAUAUUCAUGUAAGAGCAUUUAUAGUACGACGAGAAAUUAAAAUAUAUAUCAAGACAGACACAGUCGUACUAAGUUUCUCGCGAAGAUCACGUGUAGCGAGGAUGGAUGUGACUAAAUUAUUGCAUCAAAAAUUCGCGGGAUAAAUGCAGAACUCUAAGGGCAAGUAAGGCGAUUUUGUUAGCGAUAAAUAGCGCCAAUAAGCGCCGCACCAACUAACUGUAGCAAUCGCUCCACAACUGUAUCGUGUUGAUAAUAUCACUGCUCUUAAUACCUAUUUUCUUCUUAAAAAAUAAAAAUAUUUGUUAUUUAAGAGCUAACGUUUAUAACUAUAUAUAUAAGCAUACAGUGAAUCAUUUAACUUUCCGGCACAACCAGUGUUUUCCGUUAUCUAGAUAAAAUUAUCUAGAUGUUCAUCUAGAUGUGAUAAUUGUUUUAUUUUAUCUUUAUCUAAAUAAUUAAAAUAUAUGACAUCUUUAUCUGUAUCUCAGAUA